UGGCGAUAUCUUUUAUCUGUCAGAAACGCGGUGUAAAUGUGGUGUCAACAAGGUGAUGUGCAUCAAAGACGAAUUAUUCACAAUUUGUUAAUUAUAUUUUACCUGAAUAAGAAGUAAAUCGGAUAGACUAACUAAUACGAGCCUUAGCUCAACUAUAAAUAGGAGGGAAAAUUUUCACAGAGUGCUUAAUUUGAAGUGAUCUUUAAGGAUGGAUUUUCAAAAUAGGCCAGGAGGCAAAACAGGGGGUGGAGGAGUAGCAUCAUGGUCCGAAUCAAAUCGCGACAGACGAGAGCGGCUGAGGCAGCUCGCCUUAGAGACAAUUGAUUUGCAGAAGGAUCCUUAUUUUAUGAAAAAUCACUUGGGCUCGUAUGAAUGCAAAUUGUGUUUAACCCUUCAUAAUAAUGAGGGUAGUUAUCUGGCUCAUACGCAAGGAAAGAAACAUCAAGCCAAUUUAGCUAGACGAGCUGCAAAAGAAGCUAAAGAUGCGCCGACAAUGUUGCAACCCGAAAAACCCAGAGUGGAACCGAAGAAGUUUGUAAAAAUUGGUCGUCCUGGAUAUAGAGUGACAAAGCAAAGAGAUCCAGAGAAUGGACAGCAGAGUCUGCUGUUCCAAAUUGAUUACCCAGAAAUUGCCGAUCAUGUUUUGCCAAGGCAUCGGUUUAUGUCUGCCUACGAGCAGAAAAUAGAACCUCCAGACCGCAAAUGGCAAUAUCUCCUUUUUGCCGCUGAACCUUAUGAAACAAUAGCUUUUAAGGUACCGAGCCGAGAAGUGGAGAAGACCGACAACAAAUUCUGGACCCAUUGGAACCGAGACACAAAACAAUUUUUCCUGCAGUUCGCCUUUAAAGCUGAAAAUAAGAAGCCAACUAUGGUCAGCAGGGCACCUAUGAUGGGAGGGGUUCCGCCGCCCCCGCCAAUGUUGCCGGUACCCCCACCGCCCAGGCCUCCCAUGUUUAAUCCGAUGCCCCCACCGUCAAUGAUGCGGACAGUGAUGCCGGUACCACCUCCACAUUAGUCCCAAAGCUACUAAGAUUUGGGGUAAAUCAAAUGGUACUUUUGAUUCUUGGUAUGAAUAUAGAAUGAAUAAAAUUUCA